GUGUGGGCGUGGGGGUCAGCGAACAAGGGCCAGCUAGGUCUCGGUGACCUCAGCCACAGGUCCACUCCUACGAGCGUUGCGACACUUAACCACAUGGGUGUUACGAAAGUGGUUUGUGGCAGCCACCACUCGGCUGCUCUAACCAUCGAUGGAGAGGUAUUUGUUUGGGGAGAAAACUUUUCAAGUCAUUCGGGAGGAACGCAGACCAAUGAUGUAGCAAAUAACCAAUCUCCAAACAAGUCCUCUACUACAACUAAGGUUGAGCCCACUGUCGGCACUCCCCAACGGCUGGAAUUACCAGAAGGAGCCUUAGUAAGGGAUCUUGCAUCGGGCGAUAACUUUUUGAUCAUUAUAUCGGUCGAUGGGCUCGUUUACUACAUAGGGAAGUUGAGAGAGGAAGAAACGACCACUGUGGAGCAAAUCCCUGUUGGGGAUGCGGCAAUGCGUUGCAGAUCCGUUCUGUGCCAGUGUGACAGUGUUGUUUGUACAUCUGACGAGAUGCACCCUCAGGUAAUUACAUUUUUACAAGAAGAGAUGAAGUAUUUGAAUCUGCUCAAAUUCGUGGCCCAGCACGUGGUCAAGCCCUUCCAGCAAGUGACAGAGCUCUCUGUGAGAGGCAAGACCUCUGUGACUCCUUACAGGGACAAAGUCAGUGCAGCUAAUGAUAAGAAUUGCCCCAACGGUAAGCUGUGUGCACGAAUGGAAGAGAGCAACCAGCUUCACCAAACCAAGCAGGUUCUCUUGGACUCGUAUUUGGAUGUUACUCACGCGGUUGCGAGUAGCAUCAGUGACAUGCUAGAUGACCAAGCCAGCGAUGUCACUGCAGUAAUACCAAUUAUACGUCAGGUUGAAGAGUACAAAUCUAUAUACCAGAAAUACAUGAACAUAGUUUGUGAUGCCCUAGCGAUCAGCGGACUUACACUAAGCAGCAAAGAGGCCAUUACUGUCAUCGAAAAGUGUCCGCCAGUCCUGUCCAGUCUCGUCCCCGAGUCAAAGAGGAAAACAAACAGUGAAUAUUUUGCUCACCUCAUCCUUCGUCCUCUGCAACACAUACACGAAUACGCAGACUUCCUCAUGAAGAUGAAGCAAGAUAGCGAAACUUACUACUCACCGUUUACGUUAGAUAAGAUUAAAAUAGCGCACGCUCACUGGAAGCAGCUCUCCAAUGCAGCUCAUAAGAGUCAGGUGGAAGCUGAAUCAACAAAGGCUUACUGGGAGACUUGCAGUCCAAAAAUCAUGGAAGCGCUGGCAAACCCCACUCGCAGGAUCCUGCGAGAUUCCCGUACGAAUCCCAUAAACGUCCACAACGCGGGUCGAUUCUCUUCUCACUCAUUUGUGCUCUUCACCGACAUCUUAGUACACAUACAGUAUUCCAAUUUCUCAACUUACUCCCUCAGCACAAUGUGGGUUGAACCUGUUCCUAACACUUCAAAUAUUCAAAUGAAUAAUACUUGA